AUGCUUAGGGCUGAGCUAGUAAAUGCCAUUCCGUGCCAAGGUGCUCAGUGUGUCGCUGUGGUUGAUGGCGUUCGACAACUUGUGGUGGUGCGAAAUAAUAGGGACUUCUUGGUGUACUCCAGUAUGGACGAGAGAGGCCUGCGUCUAGUUCAGACAUAUACAGAAUUGCUUGGCCCGAAUUAUGGUGUAGAAGAGCUGCUGUACUCCGAACGGCUGCGGACAAUAUUCGUCCGCACGACCAAGUGCUUACUGCUACUUCAUUCGAGCAACUUACAACAUUACGACAAGAUAGUUGACAAACGAGGCAUUGACCAUGCCUGGCUGUUUGAACAUCCAUGUGGGAAGGCUGAGACGUGGAUGACGGUGCUUGUUUACUCGGUCACAGGGUCGAGCAAGAUAAAGAUGCUGACAUGGGUGGGGCGGCAGUUCCAAGCGGUGCAUGAGGUCGCACUAGGCACGCGAUCGGAAGUCAUCAGCUCAGUAAGUGGCGGCCCCGCAUGCUGUGUGGUGCUUACCUCGACGACUGUAUACCAAUGGAGGUAUAUGAGCUCAGAGUUAGUGCGUGUUGAUAGAGUCAUUAAGCCCACCUGGCCUCGCGAACUAUAUGACACCGUGAAGGAGGUCGAGACAGCGCAAGUCGAGGCCAGCACGCAGGGAAAGGAAUAUGCGGAUGAUGUGAGCUCGUUGAUAUCUGUGGAGAGUUUGUCUCAGCUUUCACGUAAAACCAAUCUAUCCAAUUUCUGGUUCAAGAAACCUCAGGGACGAGCCUUCAAGGAUGUAAGACUAGCGUUCUUACCCUCUGACUCAGUAUAUCCUGUGAUAAUGGAUGGAAAGACUGAAAUGAUGCUGCAGCUUGAGCGGGCUGACAAGGAGUCGCUUUAUAUAACCGUCCAUGAUUGCCGGCACUUUUAUGAGCGUAACAGGGACUUCGAGACAGUGCAAUAUUACAUGUCUAGAUACCUCCUUCUAAGCAAUUCCAAUUUUGUCAGAAUUGUGGACUACUAUCGUGGAUUUAUUUUUAUGGAAAUAUACGUGAGCAAAGGCAUCAAAUGCGUUUAUCCAAUUUCCGAAUCUUCGCUACUAAUUAGAACCUUAGACGACGAGUUGCAACUUUUUAAAAUAUCUUGUGAGGAUGACCUAUCGAAGACAACUGUGCAUGACUGCAGAUCGAUACCCAAUAAUGCAGAAGAAGCUCACUUCGAUAAUCUUAAGAGGCGGAUAAUAUUUUACGAGAGUCUGUUAGACACACAGAAGGGUUUGACCAUGUUUAGCAUAUCUGGGUCAUCUGAUAAUGGUGAUCAGGCCGAAUUGUAUGCAUUGAAACUCCGUGAUUUGAGCCUCCUGUUUGCGAUAAAGUCUUUUGAAAGGUUUGCAGGUUCGCAAACUCUCACUUUAUCUAAGAAACUUGAUGAACGUGUGAAUAGAUUACAAGAGUUACUGGCCAAACAAUUAUUUGAUUUAUUUCUUGCCUUUUUAGCCCCUCCGGAAUUGGUUCUCAGGCGCUGUCUACCUUAUAAUGUGGCCGCUGAGAUUGAUGAUUUGCUAACUCCGCCUAUCCUGGCGUCUGAGGUCAAACGCACUGAUUUGUCUCCCAAACUCAUUAACCGUUGGUGUCUUCCAUAUCUAACCGAUAUUAGGCGGCAUCUGCACAAUCUUCAAAGACAGGGUCCCAAUGCAACCGUACUUUGGGCUUUCGGUGCGUACAAACUCCAGGUAGGGAUUGAAUUCUUUCAAUUAGACCACAGUAAAGCUUCCGGCUUACUGAAUCUUCUAAGAAUCAUAGACACAGCCCUUUUUCAACUUUAUAUGCAUUAUAACAAGCCCAUGGUUGGCCCUCUUAUUCGUGUCGAUAACAACUGUGAUUUAGUGAAGGUGGAAGCAGCACUAAAGGAAAAUAAAAUGUUCCAGGAGUUGAUAGACUUCUAUUACAAUAAAUCCGAACAUGGUAAAGCUUUGAAUUUGUUGAUUCAUUUAUCGGACUAUGUGGAUAAAAGUUUUGCCACUAACGUAAUGCAAGAAAAGGUCAAAAACCUAGUGAUUGACUAUUUGAGUAAACUCCCAUCCGAGUACUUGGAUACAAUCUUUGAAUAUACUGCUUGGUUAUUGAAGAACUAUUCUGAUAAAGACUUUAUUAUUUCGAGCAUAUUUAUGAAUGAUUCACCUGCAUGCGGUAAAUUUAAUUACGAGAAGGUGUACAGCUUUAUUGAUAAAUGCAACAAACAACUAUCUGUCACAUAUUUGGAAUACAUCGUCAACAUUUAUCAUCACACAGAUUCUAAGAUAUUCAAUUAUCUCAUUCUAAGGUACAUACAGGAUAUCAGCAAUGAGAAGUGUGCUAAAAAACUCAAAGCCAUUUUGAAAACAACUGCAUACUACGAACCAAGGGUAGUACUCAGGUAUCUAUCGACCGCGCUGGAGGAUGACACUCUAACUGCUGAAAAUAUAAAAUGGCUAAAACUUUUAAAGACAUGGCCUUUGGGGCGCCUGGGUGAACAUGAAACAGCGUUAGGGAUCCUAGUUGAUGAUCUAGGGAAUUAUAACCAAGCUUCUCUAUAUUGUAAUGAGCUCUAUGCCACAAACAAAAAUGCAGGCACAGCAGCUCUCAUGAACUUGUUUGAAAAGCUGCUUGCGAAGGUAGAAUUUAGCGGAUGGAGAAACGUUCAUCUGUUUCUGCUAGAGAAUGGUUCGAAGCUAGAUGCGAUAACAUUGUUUGAGAAACUGCCGCCCAAUAUUCCGAUAAACACGCUUAACGAAUUCCUAAGUAGAAGGAUUAAAAGUGCGUCCAUGAAGAAAAACCAAUCGCGUAUACAGAACAAUCUUUUGAAAGUCAACCUCAUCGGAAGCACCUAUCGCUUAUCCCAGAUCAUAUCUGAAUUUUUGGUGGUAGAUGAAGAUAACCGCUGCUACGUUUGCCAGAAGAAUUUAACAUUAGGGAGCAGUGAACUUUUCUCGCUCUUCAACCUCAGAGGAAGCAAUAUAUUAACACAUUAUAAUUGUGGCAGGUCUCUGCAAGAAAUCAUAGCCGCAGAUGACUGUAAAUCUGGCAGCAUGUCACAUGUUAAAACUUUGGGUGACUAUAAGGAUGAGAAAAAGAGAUAG